AGUGUUUGUAAAGUGUGCCUGAUUAAACUAUUUUUGUUGUACAUUACAUGUAACUAUAAUCAACUCGUUGCUUGGUUGAUUCUAAAAUUUUAUUCCUCUGACAAAGACGAUGCAAGCACCGAAGCAUGAGCUUUUCCUGCUCAACUGGGAGAUUUUUGAUCUUAACAAGAAGCUGAAAACAUUCACAAAUGUCUACUCCGUAAUGGAUAUCUGGACGGUUGACUGCCUUAGCCAGUUGAUCGCCACAGUUGAUACCAUUAUGACCAGCACAUCGAUCAAGCCUUACGGAGAAUGGGACAAGAAAGACGAGAACAUCUUCCAGGGGUACUCCUUUCAUCAUAGUAUAAACUGUAAGCAAUGUGGCCGGGCGGUCAAAAUAUCAAAACCGAGUCUGCUGAAGCACCUUAAAGAAUGCAAUGCCACGACGAAAGAAUGUACAUCAAAAAAAGAAUUUAUUGAAGAGGUUUUAGAAAUCGCACUGUGUACUAAUAACAAAAAACACGGUAACGAGAUAAGAACAACAUCCCCCGGUAGUUCUGUUCGAUCAAAACGAGACAAGUCUUCACAAUCCACCUCAACGGUUGCCUCUAAACAAAAUCGUCCUAAGCAAGUUGACAGCCAGAAAAAACUAAACGAGCAUAAUACCAAAACAAAAAGCACCGUUCGCAGUAUGAGGUUCGGCGUACUGCGAUCGAAAAGCGACACUUCGGCACAAUCGAAUUCAACGGUUUCAUCUAAACAAAAUGGUCCUAAGGAAGUUGAAAAACCAAAAAAGGUAAAUGAGCAUCAUCCUAAAAAGGGUACUGAAAACGGCAACGUUCCGAAAAUUUUACGAGAAAGAAUGCUUGCGCUAUCGACAAGCGACAAUUCUGUACUCAAAAAUAAAACCAUUCAAACUGCUUCGAAAAAAACACAGAAACAUGACGAACCCAAACGCAAAAUUCACACACCGAAUCGAGCGAAGGAUGGAGAAUACGUAACCAUAGGCAGUAUCCCCAACAAUAAAGUUGAGUUGACGAAGAAGACGAAGAACUUUAUCAUCAAUGUGAAACCUCAGACACAUUUAAUGGUUGUUGAUGCCUGCCGUAAAGAACUGAGCAACUCUCCUGCCCAUGACAAUAUCGUAAAAACAUUGGAAGACUUGUUUAAAACUUCUUAUCCCAAAGCGAAAGCUUACCCAUUCGGUUCUCGCAUUACGGGGCUCGGCAAGGAAACUAGCGAUCUGGAUAUUUAUCUCGAUUUGGAGGGCAACUACAACGGGUCCCAAAAAUAUUCCAAAGACAAAUUGAAGCGGUGCGUCCUUUUGACUGAAGAGCACCUUAAACUGUCCGACCAAUGGAGUAAGCUCGAUCCAAUUACCUCUGCGAGAACGCCCAUUCUACGAGCCUGGAAUACAAAAGAAAAAAUUGAUUGCGACAUAUCGUUUACUCAUGGACUGUCACAUUGCAACACUAAACUAAUUCAGUAUCUUUUCGAUCUCCAACCCGUGUGCUAUUAUGUUGCCCUCUAUGCGAAAGAAUGGUCUCGCAAUUUUAAUAUGGAUGGUUUGAAUACCUACACCUUGGUACUUCUAACUAUAUUCUACUUCCAAAAGCACAAUCUACUGCCCAGCAUUCAUAUUCUGCAAAAGAGUUGCAUGGAUCCAAUGUUUAUAAGUCAUUGGCAAGCCAAUUUUGAGAGCAAAUCUCUGGAAGAGCUGAAAAUUCCGAAAAUACCGGAAACUGAAGCGGAAAAACACAUCAUGAAGUUCUUUUUCUUCUAUGGUUCGAAAUUUUCUUUCGAUACUCGUGUGGUUUGUCCGUUGCUGGGUUGGGCUCCCCAGAAGGAAGACUUUGAUCCAGUCGAUUGUGAACUCCCGAUGGAGAUGGAGAAUUUGCAAAAAUAUUACAAUAAACUUGAUAUGAAACUAGCUCACCCCGUAAAUGACCUACUGUCGUACAGGAAACCUAUGGUCGUUCAAGAUCCGUUCGAGUUAAACCACAACGUUGCUAAAGGAGUCAGCCCGGACAAUGUCAACAGGUUUAGGAAAUUUUGCGCACUGACAGCAGCAUUGUUGGAUACAGUUUGGAGCGAAACGGCUUAGUUUUAGCGUUACCUAUUAACUAACUGAUUUAUCUGGAUUGA